AUGACUCGCACUCACUUCCGUGUCGCCAUUCUCCAGAAUUACCCAAUUUCAGCAGAAGGUGGUGAACUUAUGCUUGAGAAUAUCUCAAAGCUUAUCCACAACUCGAAACCCAACGUCGCAAUCAACGUCUACGCACCGAUCCAGGGCGACCCAUUCCCUGACCUAGAUAAUUAUGAUUUAAUAAUUCUCACCGGAGGCCCAUUUAAUCUUCUAGAAGAUGAGAAACCAUCCUGGGUAACUGAAACCUUGGAAUUCAUCAAAGCCGCCACCACAGAUCGGGCGACGCCAAAGCUUCUCGGUAUCUGCUGGGGCCAGCAAGCGAUUGCGUUAGCGCUUGGGGGCUCUAUGGGAGAACUAAAGAACGGGCUUUGUAUGGGCGUUGAGACCAUUCGGUUGACACCUGAUGGUGCCAGAUUCUUCAAUGCGAAAUCACUGGACAUACAUAAACACCACAAACUUGCUGUGGUCGACAUAGGCCCUCGUCUUUCUUGCUUGGCGCCCAACAAUGAAAUUCUCUUGUCGGAUGAUAACCAAGUCCUCACUCUUCAGGGUCACCCGGAGCUGGAUGCUACCCUCUCCCAAUUGCUUAUGGAUCCAGAUAGUCCGCCUGCUUCGGUUCGACCUGGAGUUGAAACGGACAUGAAGCCUAUUGAUGCGCCUCAUGAUGGCGAUGUGAUUUUUGCGACAGUCAUGAAAUGGGCGUCGGGGGAUAUCAGCCUAUGA